AUGAAACACAUGCCGAAGGUCAUGCGGGACGCAUUGAAGAAGUCCGGUGGUUCGCGCUCGUUCUCGACUUCGGCUCGGAGUAGUAUGAACGAUCUGCAGGGCGAGCCUAACAAAGAGGCUAACCCUAUUCCCAAUAUGGCUGGGCUCGAGGGCGCUAGUGAUGAGGCCGCUGCUGCUCUUGCUAGCAUGAUCGAGCAGGUGCAGGGUCAGGCUCUUGAGGAGAACCCUGGGCUUAAGUUCGAUCCGCCUGCUGUCCCGGAGAACCUGAAGACGUUGAACUUCCGCAACCGCUACGAUACCCUGCAGGAUCAGUUCACGAAGAUGAUGAUGGAGGAUGGGAAAUUGACCAAGGCACAGAAGAACAUGUCUCUCGUUCUGGAUCACCUCCGUACCGCCUCUCCUCCCCAGAUUAACCCCCGUCGCCGUCUUCUCGGGGCUCCCCCAGCAUCCCAGCUCCCCCUCGACCCCGUCCUCUACCUCACUCUCGUCGUCGACUCCGUGGCGCCUCUCUUCCGAAUCCGCCAGCAGAAGGGUAUCGCCGGUGGUGGUACCGCCGUGCAGAUCCCCCACCCGCUGACUCUGCGCCAGCGCCGCCGUACUGCGAUUAAGUGGAUUCUUGAUGCGUCGGAUAAGCGACGCGAUGCAUUGUUUGCGAAUCGUGUUGCGGCUGAGGUGGUGGCCGUUGCUGAGGGUCGUAGCGGUGUCUGGGAGAAGAGGGACCAGCAGCACAAGAUUGGUAUCUCUGGUCGUGCGAACUUGAAUACUAACGUUCGUCGCUAA